AUGUAUCGCUCCCUGUACGCCUUCCGAUCCACGGAGCCGAACUCUCUCCACUUCGCUGCCGGGGAAAGCUUUCUGAUCCUGGAGAGGAGCAACAAGCACUGGUGGCUGGGCUCUCGUUGCAGCUCGGGCGAAACCGGCUACAUCCCCGCGUCCUACAUCGAAAAAAUCCAGGCUCCAGAGCAGGACGAGGUCAUACAGUCCAUUGAUAGAGCCAUUGAAGGUAUCCAUAAUGUGGCCAUGAAAAAUGGAGGCAAAUAUAAUUUGGAGCAGCGAGAUGUUCUACAAAAGUUGAUCCAUCACAGAAAGGAAACUCUUGCGCGGCGAAGUUCAACUCCCUCUAGUAACAAGCAAAGCCUCCCGUCUUCUACCAGUGAAAUAUCUCUCAGUCAAACCCCUCUACCACCCAACGGCCUCAACCGAGAUUAUGGACUACAGGGCAGCAUGCCAUUGUCAGGAAGUUUGGACAAUAUGCAAGGCGAACAGGGGUUUUACCAGGUGCCUCCUCAACCCCGCCGUGCUGCCCCCAUCACCCCACCUCCCCCUGAGAAACAGAGAGGCAGCCGACAACCGGAUGUUCCCUCCAGAUUGUCUUCCCUUCCUCCGUCCCCUGGACCCUCCCUCUCAACAAGCACCGCCUCCCUAGACUCUGGAUCCUCCCACUCACCGGUAUCAUCUGAUGUUAGCCUGCCAAGUGUGGCCAGCACCCCUCCUCCUCCAGUGCCAAGCCGUGUUAAGCAUCCUCCACCUGCGCCAGACGUGCCACCCGCUGGCUCCUCUCCCCAGCCGGCCCCAGGAAAGAAGAGCCCAGCGCCACAGCCCCCCCAGCUGACUCCCCCAUCUCUCCCAGCCACAGUAGAGGACCAGCCAGAGAACGAAUGGCCUGUUGCCCCUCCCUCUAUUGCUGAAAGCCCACCGAGCAGCCCCACUAGCUCUGAAUCUGUUCCACUGUCGACUGGGGCUGAGCUCAUUGAGUUGGUGCGGAGGAACACUGGUCUGAGUUAUGAGCUGUCACGGGUCGCUGUUGGUGUGGUCGUGGGUCAUCUACAGACCACUUUACCUCAAGCUUCCUCUUCCUUGGAGAAAGUCCUCCUCUCAUUGGUGGAGAGCAAGGAUUUGAGUUCAGCGCUGCCACAGGGGCAGGUGUGCUAUGAUGAACAACGACUGGAGGUGAUCUUCAGCGACCUUGCCCGUCACUGUGAUGACUCCCAGCAGCGUAGCUGGGCUCUUCAUGAGGACCAUGCGCUAAUCACAUGUUACUUGGAGGAGCUGCUUAAGAUAUUGACUGAUGCAGAUCCAGAGGUGUGUAAGAGGAUGUGCAAGGCCAAUGACUCUGAGCCAGUGUUAUCACUUGUGACAUAUUACCAGAUGGAGCAUCGUGUUUCUUUGCGUCUGCUGCUUCUCAAGGUGAUUGGGGCAAUGUGCAGUCUGGAUGCUUCCCUCAUCUCCACCCUUCUCAACUCCAUCCUUCCCAUGGAGCUGGCAAGAGAUUUACAAACUGACACACAAGAGCACCAGAAGAUGUGUUACACCGCCUUGGUACUUACCAUGAUAUUCUCAAUGGGAGAACAGGUGCCAUAUCAUCACUAUGAACACUUGAAUGCUGAGUUUGUUUGCUUCCUUCUGAGUGUGGUGGAGGAAGGACUUCCAUCUGACACCACAGAGCAGCUUCCUGAUCUCUUCUUGAAUCUUCUCCUGGCCUUCAAUCUUCACCACACAGUGCCCUGCACCAAUGUGAUUAUGCAGGAACUGAUUAAGAAAAAUGUGAAGAUCCUUUCAGAGAAAGUACUGCUGCUACUGAACAGAGGAGAUGACCCAGUAUGUGUCUUCAAACAUACCCCACCUGCCCCACAUUCAGUGCUCAAGUUUCUGCAGGAUGUUUUCACCGGCCGAGAGUCUGCUGAUAUCUUCUACAGCACUGACAUGAUGGUGAUGAUUGACAUUGCUGUUCGACAAAUAUCUGACCUCUCGCCUGGAGACAAGUUGAGGAUGGAAUAUCUCUCCCUCAUGCACUCCAUCAUGCGCUCGACUGACUACCUAGAGCACCGGCAUCGCUUCUGUGAUCUGCAGUCAGCUCUGCAGAGGAUUCUGAGAGAGGAGGAUGACCCAGGAGAGGACGACGGCAGUGCCACAGCUAAACAGAUGGAUAAGCUAAUUGUACAAGAGAUCUAUAGGGAAUUCCCACAGAUCAGUGAGAACUAGGACUAAACAUAUCAGUAUCAAGCUCCCACACUGUAUUCUGUUCCUUUAAAAUUGCAGGGUUGUCUAGUCUGUUGCCUACCAACAUGGGGAUCACCACUUCAAAUCCUCGUGUUACCUCCGGCUUGGUCGGGCGUCCCUACAGACACAAUUGGCCGUGUCUGCGGGUGGGAAGCCGGAUGCAGGUAUGUGUCCUGGUCACUGCACUAGCGCCUCCUCUGCUCGGUUGGGGCACCUGUUCAGGGGGAGGGGGAAUUGGGGGGAAUAGCGUGAUCCUCCCACACGCUAUGUCCCCCUGGCGAAACUCCUCACUGUCAGGUGAAAAGAAACGGCUGGCGACUCCACAUGUAUCGGAGGAGGCAGGUGGUAGUCUGCAGCCCUCCCCGGAUCGGCAGAGGGGGUGGAGCAGAGACCAGGGUGGCUCGGAAGAGUGGGGUAAUUGGCCAAGUACAAGUGAGGAGCCCCCCACCCCAAAAAAAUCGCAGGGUUGUAGUCACGUGAACUGAUAUCAGCCUGUUGUGUUUUCCUGUGCCAAUUUGUUUGCAGAUGAAAGAAUUUGUUUCAAAACUGUGUCCCCUGACUCAGUUUAAGACUCAUUAUAAACUUAGCUCUGGGAUAAAAGAUGUAAUGUUUUGUUUUGGGUUUUUUUUAAUGUUGACUUCACAUUAAGUCUUGCAUUUUAUUCCACGACUUUCCCUUGUGGUAGUCUCUAAAUGUUAGGGUUGAUCCUUCAGUGAAUUUGGAGUAGGGAAAGAAUGUGACCCAUGGAAAAAAAAAAAUGAAGUUCAGCUGUACUUGGAGAGUAAACAUAGCUGAGGUUGAUCAGGCCAGCCUGUGCUUGGCCCUCUUUUAAGGGAACAAACUACUGUGUGUUGCUGACAGCAUUGUUUUCUUCAUAGAGUACUGUACUGUGUAACCCUAUUCUUCUUUCAGAGUAUUCAUAUCUCGCACUAUUACUCUGUUACUCUGAGAACUUUACGAAAAAGUUCGAUGAGUUACCUAAUAUAGUGAGAACAGCCUAAUUUGAUUAAGUUGUUUGAAUUACUAAGCUUUGAGCUGAGUAACUUAGUAUUUAUUGAAAUGAUGAAGCUGCUAAGUAAUGAGACUCCUUUAAGCCAACCGCUCUGUGUCUGACUCGGCAUCGCUUUCCUUGUACUCGCGCCUGAAAAUCUAAUGUAGGUUGAUCACUUCAUAUGUAGCUAUGAAAAAUAAGCAGUUUCUAAAAUGUCAGAGGUGACCCACUGCUUUCACACUUCUUCUUUCCGUCGUCGUUUCAGGUAUUGGAAAAUGUAUCUAUACAUUGAUAGUGGAUUUAGCUGCUGCAGUACUGACUAACUAACAUUUGCUGUAAUGUCUUGGCUUAUAUGGCUGCCAUUAAUACUAUGAAAGGAAAAAGUAUUCCACUCUUAAUGUCAGAAAAAAAUGUACUCUCAAGCCGAUGCCUUUGACAUCAAGGCAAUUUAAUGUUUACCCUCAGUAAUAGUCUAGAUAAUUAAUACUUUUCAGGUAAGAAGAUUAUUCUGAUUUAUAUGUUUGAGGUUGGAAAAAUGGGGGGAAUGUUGUUUUUUGUGGUGUCCUCCAUCAUUGAGCUCUCUACCCUGUCCCCUUGCUUCUUCAUUUCUCCUUAAAUUCAAUUGACUACAGGUCCUGCUGUGUCACACAACAGGAAAUGUAGGCCAUUCGUUUUAAUUUACCUCCUGCUGUUGGUAAUCUAGCAGCAAGUAUACGUGUCCUUUUUUUUGCCACUGUCUCGUUUUUGUUUACGGUACUUGGUCAUUCAUUUCCCAUCUUUCACGCUAUCUGAGCUUUUCUGAUCCCUUACACACCUUCCUCUUGAAACAGUUUUUAACAAGACGCACAUACAUUUUUUCAUUCAAAUGAAGCAAUAUCUGUAUAUUUUUUUUUAAGUUAGUGUUCAAGCAUUGACACUCGUGAGUGUGUGCCUGCACCUAUAUUGUGGGUUGUUUACAUUAUGUGUAUGAGAAAGAGUGCUGAGUGGUUUCACCUCAUGGUUAUAUUUGCCCGUAGAACCCCCUUCCCUUCUGAACUACCACUGUGUUAUCUUAAAACUAAUAAAACUAUAUUUUCCCAAUGGAGAUGUUCAGAGUUAAUGUUAUGGAGAGGGUCCUAUUAAAAUGUAUUUUCUUAAUGUUUACAAUAUAAUAAUAAAAAAAUCUU